UUAUUUUAAUGCAAAUAAACAAUCAGUGACAAUUGUAUUAGUUGUUUUUAGUAUAGAGAGCGGAAAGAAAGGUAGGCAUCUGUCUUCUGAAGGCUCUGUCUGCUGUUUCAACAGACAGCUGAUCAGAGGCCUCGAAGUCCACGUGAGCUGGCCCAAACCCGAGGACUUCCCAAGGGCUGAGUUUUGGCUCCUAAUCUCACGCCGCCUUUUCAUCCUCUACUCUCUUACUGUGUCCCAUUCAAAGAACGAAAUGGGAGCCGAAGCAAAGAUACGCGAUCUGGUCACCGCCAUGGAAGCAGGAGGAGAGCAGCAGCCGACGAUUCAAGAAACCGAAGGCGGUAAGCUUACCUCUUCCGCCGCCGUUGCCGCCGCGCCGUCGAUCCCAAGGUCUCCGAUCUCUAUCAACAUCUCGCUUCCUCUUCCCCAAAUGAAGCCUCACGUCGUAGAGCUGUGCAAGGAUCUCUUUAAGAAAUGGUCGUCCCUUGACAGUUCUUGCUUCUCCCUUGAGACCGUCUCUGGUGGUAUUACCAAUCAAUUGUUGAAGGUCUCUGUGACAAAAGCCAAUGACCAUGAUGCGGUUUUGACAGUUCGAUUGUAUGGUCCGAAUACUGACUUGGUGAUUGAUCGUGAGCGAGAGUUGCAGGCCCUGCCACAUCUUUCAGCUGCAGGGUUUGGUGCUGAGCUACUCGGACUAUUUCAAAAUGGCAUGGUUCAAUCUUUCAUCAAUGCCCGCACGCUUUCUCCAUCGGACAUGAGCAACCCUAUGAUAGCUGCUGAAAUUGCAAGAGAACUCCGUAGAUUUCAUCAGGUGGAAAUACCAGGCUCUAGAGAACCACAAUUGUGGCAUGAUGUACACAAGUUCCUUGAGAAAGCUCAGACAUUAGAAUUUGAUGACAGCGAGAAGCAGGCGAGGUAUGACGAAAUUUCGUUCAAGGAAAUACAUGACGAGGUUGAUGAUCUCAAGGAUCUAGCACACCUGCUUAAUGCCCCUGUGGUCUUUUCGCACAAUGAUCUGCUUUCCGGUAAUCUGAUGUUAAAUGAUAAAGAAGUUCCAGAGAAGCUCUAUUUCAUUGAUUUUGAGUAUGGGUCAUACAGCUAUAGAGGCUAUGACAUUGCGAACCACUUCAAUGAAUAUGCAGGCUAUGAAUGUGACUACACCUUGUACCCUGGUAAGGAUGCACAAUAUCAUUUCUUCAGGAAUUAUCUGCAACCUGAUGCACCCCAUGAGGUACCAGACACAGAUCUUAAUGAUCUUUAUGUAGAAACAAGUACUUUUCGAUUAGCAUCACAUGUGUACUGGGCUCUAUGGGCUCUUAUUCAGGCAAAGAUGUCUCCUAUUGAUUUCGAUUAUCUCGGGUACUUCUUCCUUCGAUACAAUGAGUACAAGAAACACAAGGACGACUGCUUCUCCUUGGCAAGGAAAUAUCUUUCUGGCUCAAGCAUCUCCUGAAGUAUAUUACUUUUUACUGGUGGUUUCAUUUCUUUUUCCUUGUGCCAUCAAUAUUCUUUAAAUUUGACUAUUUCUUUGGACAUGUAGCCUGAAAUGUAUUAUACCUUGUCACGGUUACAUUUCUAGAGCUAGAGGUAUGGUUUCUUACUUUCUUUACAAGAACUCUAUUUCUGAAAUUGAGGGCAUUGAUUCUGUAUAAUUGUAUUCGUCCUAAAUUUGGACCGAUGAAAUGGAUGUAUACAUAUAAACUUUAUAAAGAAGGUUAUUGUUUUA